AUGGCAGAUAAGGAUAGCGUGGAGAAGUACCUGGAGAACAACCCGCAGUUCGCCAAAGAGUACUUCGACAAGAAGGUGCGCGCCGAAGCCCUGUCCGCAGCCUUUUCCGCGACCCUCGACAUCAAGGAUACGGCCUCGUUCAAGGAUGUUAACUCCGUGCAAGAGGCCGCCAUCAUCUUCGAGCUGGUGCAGGAGAUGCAGAAACAGGAGACCGUGGAGAAGUCCAUUCACAAAGUGUUGCAGAGGGUCGCCAUGAUCGUGCAGGCCGACCGGGUCAGUUACUACCUGUGCCGAGCCAGGAACGGAAUACCCGAGCUCGCCACGAGCCUCUUUGACGUGACUCCGACUUCCAAAUACGAUGGAAACCUGGUCGAUCCGCAGGCUGAAAUUGUGUUCCCUCUUGACAUGGGGAUUGUUGGUCACACUGCGCAGUCCAAAAAGCCGCAAAAUGUUCCAGACGUCACCAAGAAUUCAAAGUUCUGUGACUUUGUGGACAAACAGACCGGAUACAAGACCAAAUGCAUGCUCACGUACCCCUUGAUGGCCGACAAAGAGUGCCUUGGAGUCAUCACGGUACUAAACAAAAUAGGAGCCGAUAGCUUCUCUAAAGAGGACGAGGAGCUCUUCCACAAGUACAUGAACUUUGCUCAAGUCAUCGCCCUGCAGAGUUACACGAACUACAUGUUCAACGUGGAGUCCAGAAGGAGUCAGGUGCUGCUCUGGUCAGCCAGCAAAGUGUUUGAGGAGUUGACAGACAUUGAGAGACAGUUCCACAAAGCCCUCUACACCGUAAGGACCUAUCUACAAUGUGAACGGUACUCAGUGGGCCUGCUGGACAUGACCAAAGAGAAGGAAUUUUAUGAUGAAUGGCCAGUGAAACUUGGAGAUGUGGAGCCUUAUAAAGGACCAAAAACACCAGACGGCAGGGAAGUCAUCUUUUACAAGAUCAUUGACUACCUCCUGGAAGCCAAAGAAGAAAUCAAAGUCAUACCAGGUCCACCUGCAGAUCACUGGGCCCUGGUUAGCGGACUGCCAACCUAUGUUGCAGAGAACGGCUUUAUUUGCAACAUGAUGAACGUGGCAGCAGACGACUACUUCACUUUCCAGAAAGAGGCUGUGGAUGAGACGGGUUUCGUCAUCAAGAACGUCUUGUCGCUGCCGAUUGUCAACAAAAAGGAAGAAAUUGUGGGCAUCGCCACUUUCUUCAACAGGAAAGAUGGCAAACCAUUCGAUGAGCACGACGAACAGAUCACUGAGGCCCUGACGCAGUUCCUGGGGUGGUCGGUGCUGAACUGUGACACGUAUGACAGGCUGAACCGCAUGGAGUACAGGAAAGACAUUGCCCAGGAGAUGCUCAUGUACCAGACCAGGUGCACCAAAGAUGAGCUGCAGAGCAUUCUGAACACCAAAGAAAAGUUUGAUUCAGAGCCUGAAGACUGUGACCAGAAAGAGAUGUACAAACUAUUGAGAGGAACCUGCCCGCCAGCUGACAACGUCAAUGGGGAGAAUCUGUACCUGUUCUCCUUCAGCGACUUCCCCGUUUCUGAAUUUGACCUUAUCAAAGCCGGCAUUCGCAUGUUCUUUGAGCUCGGAGUUGUCGAGAAGUUUAAAGUUCCCGCAGAGACGCUGACCAGGUGGAUGUACACCGUGAGGAAGGGUUACCGUGCCAUUACCUACCACAACUGGAGGCAUGGUUUCAACGUAGGCCACACCAUGUUCUGCCUGCUUCAGACAGGGAGGCUGAGGAAGUACUACUCUGAUCUAGAUGCCUUCGCCAUGGUGGCUGCUGCUUUCUGCCACGAUAUCGACCACAGAGGGACCAACAACCUCUACCAGACAAAGAGUGCACAUCCUUUGGCCAAACUUCAUGGCUCCUCCAUCAUGGAGAGGCACCAUUUGGAGUACAGCAAGACGCUCAUGGCAGAAGAGAGCUUGAACAUCUUCUGCAACCUCCAGAAGCGUCAGUUUGAGAACGUGCAGCAUUUGUUUGACGUCUGCAUCAUCGCCACCGAUCUGGCCCUUUACUUCAAAAAGAGAACCAUGUUCCAGAACAUCGUGAACGCCACAGAGCCAAUGCCUGACGAAAAGGAGGCCAUUGCUUAUAUUUCCAACAACCCCGUCAGGAAGGAAAUUGUCAUGGCCAUGAUGAUGACAGGUUGUGACUUGUCAGCCAUCACCAAGCCCUGGGAGGUGCAGAGCAAGGUGGCUCUGAUGGUAGCAGCUGAAUUCUGGGAACAGGGUGAUUUGGAGAGAUCAGUUUUGGAUCAACAACCAAUUCCCAUGAUGGACAGGAACUGUGCCGAGCAGCUACCCAAGAUGCAGUGUGGUUUCAUCGACUUCGUGUGCUCAUUUGUGUACAAGGAAUUCUCCAGGUUCCACAAAGAGAUCACUCCCAUGUUUGACGGGCUGAACAACAACAGGUCGCAUUGGAACGCGCAGGCCGAGGUGUACAACGCAAAGAUGAAGGCCAUUGAGGAUGAGAAGAAGAAGCUAGAAGAGGAGGAAGCCAAGAAAGCUGGUGGUGGCGGUGAAGGAGGGAAGUCAAAAACCUGCACCAUAUGUUAA